AUGACCAUGAGUGAUGUCAGAGGUCCGUGGGGGAGGUGCAUGGGCAGCGACUGUGGCCCGGGCGGCAGCCAGAGCCGGGCGGUCUGGUGCGCCCACGUGGACGGCUGGACGACGCUCCACACCAACUGCGACCAGAACCAGCGCCCCUCCAACCAGAGGAACUGCUUCCGCGUGUGCGACUGGCACAAGGACCUUUACGACUGGAGACUGGGCGCCUGGAACGAGUGCGUGCCGGUGUCCGCCAGGACCUUCGGGGCCCAGCGGCCCGCCACCUGCAGCGGGGGGGAGGAGGGCAUCCAGACCCGGGAGGUGGGCUGCAUCCUCGUAUCGGACGGGUCUCCGGCGGAGGACGCCAUCUGCGAGUACUUUGAGCCCAUGCCCCGCCUGGAGCAGGCCUGCUUGAUCCCUUGCCCUCAGGAUUGCGUGGUUUCCGAGUACUCCCCGUGGACGUCUUGCUCCAAAACCUGCGGGACGGGCCUCAGGAACCGAGUGCGCAGCGUUCUGGUCCCUCCGCUGUUCGGGGGCUCCGGCUGCCCCAACCUGACCGAGUUCCAGUCCUGCAGGCCGGGGUCCUGCACGGGUCCCGAGGGCCUGCACAGCCUCAGGGUGGGAGCCUGGAGCCCCUGCGCCCUACCGCAGACCCGCACGGCGCGGCAGGCAAAACGCAGGAAGGGAAAAGGGCAGGGCCUCAGGGACCGGGGCGGAGUCAAAGACCCCGAGACCAGGGAGCUCAUCCAGAAGAAGCGCAACAGGAACCGCCUCAACCGCCAAGAGAGCCCCUUCUGGGACAUCCAGGUGGGCUACCAGACCCGGGAGGUGACCUGCAUACACAGGAACGGGAGCACGGUGGGGCGCAACUUGUGCACGCCGAGGGACCUGCCGGUGACCAUCCAGUCCUGCGUGCUCCCCAAAAACUGCCAGGUCACUGACUGGGCCGAGUGGAGCUCCUGCUCCAAGACCUGCGCGGACCCGGCCUUUCCCCGGGGGAACCGCACCCGGACCAGACAGGUGCUGCAGUUCCCCGUGGGGGAGGGGGAGGACUGCCCGGCGGUGGAGGAGACGGAGCCCUGCGAGCCCGAGGGCAACGGCGUGCCGCCCUGCUCCACUUACACCUGGAGAACCACCGAGUGGAACGACUGUCGGGUGGACGUGUUGCUGAGCCAACAGGACCGUCGCCGUAGCAACAUGACGGGGCUUUGUGGCGGGGGCCUGCAGACCAGGGAGGUGUACUGUGUCCAGGCCAACGCCGAGCUCCUGAAAUACCUCAACGACCUCAGAGAAAAAGACAAAGGUAUCGUUAAGAUCAUUCCUCAGUCAUCUGUACAACUGAACACGCCUCUGUGUGCACUUUGUGGUUUCUUUAGUUGGGACGAAAAAUCUCUUGUGAUCAUCAGAAUUACAUUAGUGAUUCACUGGUCCCAAUGCCAGAUGGCAUCAGUGUCAAAACUGAGUUUAUUAAUAUUUGGGUUGUGGACUUUGGUGCCCACAUAG